CUUCCCCUGGAGCCCAGCCUCUGGGUGGCCCAGCAUGGAGGCAGCCACAGCUCCGGAGGCGGCCUUAGGACCCACACUGAAGGUGAAAGAAGCCAGCCCAGCAGAUGCUGACGGACCUCAGGCUUCACCCCGGCAGGGGGCCGGCAGCCCCCUUCCCCAGCUCCUGCCCCCCAUAGAAGAGCACCCCAAGAUCUGGCUACCUCGGGCCCUGAGGCAGACCUACAUCAGGAAGGUUGGAGACACUGUGAACCUUCUAAUCCCAUUCCAGGGCAAACCCAAACCUCAAGCCAUCUGGACGCGUGAUGGCUGUGCCUUGGACACCAGUCGUGUGAGUGUGCGGAAUGGGGAGCGGGACUCUAUCCUCUUCAUCAGAGAGGCCCAGCGUGCGGACUCGGGUCGCUACCAGCUCAGUGUGCGGCUGGGCGGGCUGGAGGCCACCGCCACCAUUGACAUCCUGGUGAUUGAGAGGCCAGGCCCUCCUCAGAGCAUCAAGUUGGUGGAUGUCUGGGGCUCCAGUGCUACCCUGGAGUGGACUCCUCCCCAAGACAUGGGCAAUGCGGCCCUCCUGGGAUACACGGUGCAGAAGGCUGACACCAAAUCUGGGCUGUGGUUCAGCGUGCUGGAGCGCUAUCACCGCACCAGCUGCACGGUCUCCAACCUCAUCGUCGGCAACUCCUACGCAUUUCGAGUCUUUGCUGAGAACCAGUGUGGGCUCAGCGAGAACGCCCCCGUCACUUCCGACCUGGCCCACAUCCAGAAAGCAGCUACUGUUUACAAGACCGAGGGCUUUGCCCAGCGAGAUUUCUCUGAAGCCCCGAAGUUCACCCAGCCCCUGGUGGACUGCACUACGGUCAUUGGCUACGACACCCAGCUCUUCUGCUGCGUCCGUGCCUCCCCCAAGCCGAAGAUCAUCUGGCUGAAGAACAAGAUGGAUAUCCAGGGCAACCCCAAGUACAGAGCCCUUACUCACCUGGGAAUCUGCUCCCUGGAAAUCCGCAAGCCUGGCCCCUUUGACGGAGGCAUCUACACCUGCAAGGCGGUUAACCCCCUGGGGGAGGCGUCCGUGGACUGUCGGGUGGAUGUGAAAGCUCCUAAUUGAGGCACCCUAAGCGGAAAUGGGUAACUCCGAGGAAGGAAGCCUGUGGCAAGACUGUGUUCUUAAGAAGCUCCAGUACAGUGUCUGUUUGGACUAAUCUAAAUAAAAGUGUGGAUGCUCAGUGCAAAAGUGUCCAUCUGUUUGAGGCUUUCUAUAUAGAAAACCACUAAGAAGACUGCAAUCCUUUAGCCAGACUUAUGGAAUCUCUGCACCUCCAAGACUCCUCUUUCUCUUCCUAUAUCCAUGUUCUCUUCCACAGAGAUCCCUAACACUGUCUUUUUCUCUAGACAGUCAUGACAGCGCUAUACAGUAUCAGGUGCUCAAAGGGAUAUUAAAGAUGACCUGCCCUCUUCCUCUCUGCGCUUUCCAGUAUAAGUUGGAAAACUGGAUGCAAUUCUAUUAUAGAGAAACAGACAACAGGAUACAUGAAUACAUGCAUAACUAA